GGUAGGUUUCCCAGAUGCUCCAAUUUUCCUCCUUUACCAAUAAAAAACCAAUCCCCACAUGGCCACAUAACAUACGAAAUGACGAGACUACUAUCAAAAUCAUUCCCAUCUUUGAAACCCCAUCAUAUUCAUCAUCGUGUUGGUAGUAGCCCUAACCCUAAUUCUGUCCCUUACAAUAAACCAUCACAAAAUUCUCCCUCCUCGCCUCUACGACCUUUUCAUUAUUCCCCAUCACCAUCAUCUUCGUCUUCAACGAAGCAUCCAUGGGCGGUAUACCUCAUUCUCUCCACCAAUACCCCAAUCAAAACGUAUGUUGGCGUCACCACCAAUUUCUCUCGCCGCCUGAGACAACAUAACGAUGAACUGAAAGGUGGUGCAAAAGCUUCCCGUGUUGGAAGGCCAUGGGUUUGUGCAUGCAUUAUUCAAGGAUUUAUGGACCGAAGUGAAGCAUGUGCAUUUGAAUCGAAAUGGAAGAUCUUUUCAAGGAAGCUGCCCCGGAAAAUGAAAAUUGAUGAGACAGAGAAACAACUUGACAAUGAAUCACUUCUGCUACUGCGACAUAGGCAAGCAGCUCUAAAUAGGGUCAAAAGUUCGAUUGAUGGCAAUCACUUAGAAAUUCACUGGCAAUUGGAUCCUUGGUGAUUCUAUCAUAUUCAUUUUCUUUUCCUUUGUGCUAUGUGUGAUCUUGGAUUCGCCAGGGGAGAGAAAAUUAAAUUCAAACAUACUUACUCAUUUUUUCAGGCAUACUAAGUAAAACUUGUAUUUCCGAUAAAUAUCAUUUCAUUCUCUUCUUGGUUUUUGAAGUCAUCAAAAGACAAAAAAAAAAUAGUUUCUUUCUCUAUAAAUACGGUAUUUAUAUCUCUUAUCAAUUCAUAUCUUUUCUCUCUAAAGAUCCGUGAUCCGUUCAUAGUGUUAUAAGAAUAUUUGUAAUCUUCUUUGCUAUGUUGAUUCGUAAUUUUAUAAUAAUCUGAUUUACGGAUGAUGUAAUCUUGUAAAACUGUUGCAUUUCAUAUUCCGUUGUACAAUAUAACCCAUGUUUAUGUAUGAGUAUAGCCAACUUUGCUAAUGUAUGACAACCUAUUGGCCACAAGCACAAGUAUGGAUAUGAAGGUGUUUGAAAUGAGAUUUUGCAUUUCUUGUACCAGGUGUUUUGUUUUUGUUUUUUUCCUAUUUUGUGAAGUUUCGUUUUCCCAGCGUUGAAUGAAAGAGAGAGAAGAUAAUCAUGAUCUAUUUGCAGAUGAGAUACACAUGAACUACAUAUAGAAACAAGAACCACGUCAGUCGGAGCAUUUCUUUUACCAUGUUAUAUAAUCUGUUUUGUAGAUUCACAUUCUCUUUUUCAGACAGUUGGAGAACCAUGAAGAUAUUCCCUCUCUAGCAGCCCAUUUGGGUUCUUUGGUUUCUAUUUUCUUUCUCAGCA